AUCCGGAAAUUAUUUCUUUUGGAUGCAGCCGUGUUAGAAUGGGAAAUGCGCAUCCCCGUAACCGUAACCUCCUUCGGUACGGACAAGGCAUGGGCGAGAGGGAGAGCAAACAUACGAGCGGAAGAACGAAAAGGUCUCGCGACGAGAUGACUUCUCCAACUGCAGCAGCGAAAUGGAAGCACACCUUUCUCUACUCAGCCCUAAUUUUCUCUCUUCUCUACUUCCUCGAAUCCCUAAUCUCUCACAGGUUGCACAUCGAUCACCGCAACGUUCGCCUGAAGCGGUCCCCUGAUCUCCCUCUCCGGUUCCGGCACGACGGAACAUUCAAGAUCCUCCAGGUUGCGGAUAUGCAUUACGGUAUGGGGGCGAUUACUCGGUGCAGAGACGUGUUGGGUACCGAGUUUGAGUACUGUUCCGAUCUCAACACGACUCUGUUUCUUCGGAGGAUGAUCGAAGCUGAGAGACCGGAUUUGAUCGCUUUUACGGGGGAUAAUAUAUUUGGAGCGAGCACAACUGAUGCAGCUGAAUCUCUUCUUCAAGCCAUUGGUCCUGCCAUUGAUUUUGGAAUUCCAUGGGCUGCUGUUUUGGGAAAUCAUGACCAGGAAUCUACUUUGACCCGUGAAGAAUUGAUGACCUUUCUGUCCCUUAUGGAUUAUUCUGUUUCACAAAUCAAUCCACCGGCUGAAGACUCCUCUAACCCAGCCAGAGAUGCUUUUCGAUCCAUCGAUGGCUUUGGGAAUUACCGCCUCAGAGUACACGGUGCACCUGGUUCUGUGCUUGCCAAUAGCAGUGUCUUUGACCUCUUCUUUCUCGACAGUGGAGAUAGAGAAACUUUCCAGGGAGUUCGAACAUAUGGGUGGAUCAAGGACUCUCAACUGCUUUGGCUUCGGAAUUCUUCUCAGGAAGAUCGGGGUCAGGCCAGCGGAAACUUGCUUGGAUCCGGAGGGUUCUUUUCUGGUAAACCCCCGGCAUUGGCCUUCUUCCACAUCCCCAUUCCAGAAGUACGUCAGCUGUGGUACAAGCCCUUUGUAGGUCAGUUUCAAGAGGGUGUAGCUUGCUCCACGGUAAACUCAGGAGUCUUGCAGACCCUAGUUUCCAUGGGAAAUGUGAAAGCCACAUUCAUCGGACACGACCACACCAAUGAUUUCUGUGGAAAUCUAAAUGGCGUAUGGUUUUGUUACGGUGGAGGGUUCGGAUAUCACGGGUACGGGAGAGCUGGUUGGCAUAGAAGAGCAAGGGUAAUACAGGCCGAGCUUGGGAGAGGCAGAGACACAUGGGAAGGAGUUAAGCGGGUAAAGACGUGGAAGCGUCUUGACGAUAGGGGGUUGAGCAAGAUUGACGAACAGGUCCUGUGGGAAACAUCGAAUACAAUGUGAAACCACAUGCAAGGCGCACAAUAGAAAGUGAUUGGAUCAGGUGUUAAAUCCUGUUCCAUGGCUGAAUCCGGAACCCUAAAACAAGGGCUCACAUCAGGAUUUUUGUGCAAAAGUUGAAUCCAAAUCCGUGUGAGUAUGUGGAGAAGACCUUGGCAUGCUAUGCUGCUGGACCACCCGGCAUCCGUAUCCUUUUUUUUUUUCUUUCAAAGUAUCUUAUUUGAAGGAUAACAAUUACUUGUUGCCUUUGCAUUUUUUUUCCUCUGUAUUGUUAAUAUUUGUAUAGACCUUCGCACUUGUCUAUAUUUAGAAAUAUGAUAAAAUGAGGCAGCUUGUGGAAUUCA